GAAGAGUGAAAGUGUGGUCAGUGUUAGUCCAGUGAAAUCAGCUGAAAUCAGUCUGCAGGAAGAGAGUGAGUCGUCUUUCCUCUGGAUGAUCAGGCGGUCAGGCCGUCGUUAGAGUCGAGGCUCGGCCGCAGGGAUUUCCAGAUUUCCAGAACCAAACUCUCCAUCGACCGGUGAUGGAGGAAGAUUCCCAGGAGUCGUCCGUGGACGAGGAGCUCCACUGCUCCAACACUGAGGUGACACAGGAAGAACAGGACGUGGAUCCACCUCAAGACCAAGAACUGGACCGAGUAGUCCAGGAUCAGAAGCAGAGCCCUGAGAGUUUCAGACAGGAUCGGGAGCAAAUGAGUCUUCACUCUGAUCUGGAUCAGGCUGACGUUCAGGAUGAAGACUGUCCUGAAGUGGAGGUCAAAGGUCAGACAACGUGUCACCCAGUUCCACCGGAGGAUCAGACGGAGGUUCAGGCACUGAACCAGGAUCCUUCAGAGGUCCAUGAUGGUCGUGAGUGUGGAGGAGUUUUAACUGAGGAAGAAACACAAGAGUCUGAUCGUCGUCAUCAUCAUCAGGAUCUGUUCGGAGCUGAGCAGAUCCAAGACCAGAGUCAAACAGCUGAUGUGGACAGAGCUGAGCACCGGUCAGUCCACCACAGCGACCAGGACCAGGACCAGGACCAGGACCAGGACCAGGACCUGACACCUGCAGCAGCUAAUCAGGAUGAAGCAGGGGGGUCAGGUGGCAGCGUCCCAGCGCUGGUGAUCACUCAGGCAGAGGAGUCUCGAUCAGCAUCAGCUGCAGCAGCGGAGCCUCAGAGUCCAGAGGAACCGGCCGAGCCUCAGAGACCAGAGAGACCUGCAGCUGUCCACACGUUCACAGAUCCCAGUCUGAGCUCCAGCAGCGAUGGAGGAGACAUGGCCUGCUGCGACCUCCUGUCUCUGAGGAGCGACUCCUUAUCUCUGGCCAGCGAACCGACCAACUCCAGGAGGAGUGAGGAGGAUGACACCGGGAGCGUGGCGGCCUCCUCUGUCAUGUCUCUGUUCCACAGGGUGCAGCUGGAUCCUCUGGAGAAGGACUGGUUGAGGAGCUCAGCUCUGGGGAACAUGGCCGCUCAGCGCCAGCUGCUCGCUCAGGAGCCCAGCCUCGUGCUGAAGAAGGUACGAUUAUAGAUCGUCUU